AUGGGGUCCACUGGCGCCGAUACGUCGCAGGACGAGCUGACGGUGCUGAUUACCGGCUUUGGCGCAUUCAAGAAGGACUUCCCCGUGAACCCCUCAUGGGAGAUUGCCAAGGAGCUUCCCGAGUACCUGCCGCCGUUGCGGGCCAAAACGCGCGCGGCUGGCGCUACCUCGGAUGACGCAGCGCCCUACCUGCCGCCCGUGAGGCUGCUGGUGCAUCCCGAGGCUAUUCACGUUAGCUACGACGUGGUGCGGGACCUGCUGCACCCGGAGCGGCCCAAGAUCGACGUCGCCGUGCACAUUGGCAUGGCGGGUCCGCGGCCGUAUUACUCCAUCGAGCGUCGAGGCCACCGCGACGGCUACGCCAUGAAGGAUGUCGACGGCAAAUUUCUCAACGACACGGAGCGCCGCCUCCGCGAGGGCAAGGACUGGGUGUGGGAGGAUGCACCAAAGGAGCUGCUUACCGACCUGGACAUCGACGAUGUACUGAGGCGGUGGAAAAAGUACAGCCCGAACGACGCAGACCUAAGGGUUUCCGAAGACGCAGGCCGCUACCUGUGCGAUUUCAUCUACUUCUCGAGCCUCGCACACCUGGACAAGGCGGGUGAGCCGCUCAAUGUCAUCUUUUUGCAUGUGCCCUCGGACAGCACCGACCAGGCAGUCACUCUGGGCAAGGAUCUCCUUCUGCAGCUGGUGCGGUCCAUCGCCGAAAGCGAGGUUGCGCGCAGGGCGCUUCGUAAGAAAUGA